UGCCGGUGUUUUUAAGGAGGGCAGCUGAUCUGGAGAGCUGGACUCGAUCUUUCUUUCUUCCACUGGAGGACGCAAAGCAGAAGACUGACCAUCACCUGCCUUCAUACAGGACACCGGUCACUCAGAGGUUAUUGAUUUAUUGAUCCAGUGAUGGAGCUGAUUGUGAAGCUUGUGAGCGGAGAGUGCCGCAGUGUGCGCGUGAGUGGAAAUGCCACGGUGGGCGAGCUGAAGCGGGCGGCUGCGCAGAGCUUCGAUGUGGCCACCUCAUGCGUGCGGCUCUCCACGGGCAACGGGCUGCGGGUGAGCCUGGAGAGCGAGCUCACUCCACUGAGCAGCUACGGCCUCAGCUCAGGCUCCACCGUCAUGCUGCUGCUGCUCGCACCUAUCCAGGUGUUCGUCAAAAACGAGAAGGGCCAGGUGAAAACCUACGACGUGACCGAGGAGGAGACGGUCAGCGAGCUGCAGAGGAAGGUCUACAACAAGGAGGGCACCCCCAUUGACCAGCAGAGGCUGAUCUUCGGCGGCAGGCAGCUCGAAGCCGGGAAGCUGAAGGAGUACGGCAUCGCCAACGGAAGCACCAUUCACCUGACCCUCCGUCUGCGGGGGGGCUAACGAGGCUAACAGACCUCCUUCGGGCCGUUUCAGUGCUCUUUAAACGAGCCCUCGUCGACUUGACUUCACUCUUACUGGACUCUUUUCCAUAGCUUUGUUAGUAUAAGUUUAUUAAAUGAGGCCUUAGAAGGAACAAGUGAGCAUUAGCUUUAGCAUUAGCACAUUAGACUCACAAUCACUGACAUUUCUCUUUUCAAACCCCCAAAACGUGGAGAGCAAAAGCCACAGCAGCAAAAUAUUUCAAAAGGUUUCCUGUUUCAAAACUAUAACAUUGAACUGACUACGGUCGAACUGGCCAAUACAGCUUCAUUACUCUGCUAGCUUGCUUUGCUAGUUAGCAAGCUAAAAGCUACAAACAACAAAAGUAAAGGUAACUCAACACGGUUUUAAUUCAACACUUACAGACAGACAGUUAUUCACAAAAUUUAUGUUCAAAUGUCUGAAAAACACGUCAGCAUUACAA